AACGCUGAAACACACCGCACGCUCCGUAUUGACUAAUCAGACCAGUCAUGGACCAGUUGUGUAGUGUUUUCCUCGCUUGAAUGUACGCUUAUUAUUUUUGUUCUAUAUAGAUCUGGAGCUACGUUUUACCUGUCACUAGAGCAAGGGGAAGUAAUGAAAUUCUACUGGUAAUAUACACAAAACAAUGUCAUUGAUGUACCCUGCAGUGUAGGCCAUUGCAUUGAUGGCACUAAGACGGCCAGCCAACUUUGAUUAUUUUUUCCUUGUUGGAUUCAGAAUUCAAAGCCUCGCAAAUGUGGUGUGACAGUUGAAAAUAAAUCAUGAGGCUCAGUGACAUAUUCACGCUGAACAAUGCCAGUUUGGCCAGGCUUGUUCUGUACAGUGCAUUGUUUUGUUUUAGUUUUUUCAUCUUCGUGGGUGUGGCCAUCGUAAAGAGUGAAGCCAAUGGGAGCUGUCCACUUUUUCUGAACUACAGGUACUCACCAGUCUCUUUGUGCAAUUAUCCAAUGGUGAUAGCCAUUAUAUUUCAACUCUGGUAUUCUUUAGUGCGACUUGUUUACCUGGUGCUGUUCAAAUUAGGAAAACUUCCAAAUCCAUUUCCCACUCACUUCAACUUGAUCGAAUUCAUUUGUCUGUGUGUUGAUGCUGGGAGUCUCAUACUUACCUUCAUUGCAGCUAUUAUACUAUCUGCAGGAUACAACACAACAUGUUCAAAUCAUAAUAAGAUCUGUGAUGAUCUGAGGUGGGCCCAUGCAGCGAGAGUUGCUCAGGCGGGUGCAUGGAUUUCUACAAUAUUAUGGAUAGUUCUCAUCACUAUGUGCGCCAUUACUUUAUGGAGAGCAGGAGUGAUGCCUUGGAUGAUCAAAAAUCCCGCCAGUUCUUCAGCACCAACCAAUCAGCAAGUUCCAACUAACCAUCAAGUUCCACAAAUCUCCACAUUGGCUGCCGACACAUAUCAGCCCACGGCAAUGCCGGGAAAGACUUUUGAAACGACCACUGACAAUCCAUAUGAACCAGAUUUUUAGUGUUGUGAAAUAGAAGGUGGUCCAAAAGUAGAUUUACAGUUAUUAAACUGCUUUUAAUAUGUUUGAAUCGAAAGGAAUCGUUAUAGACGGCAUGAACACUGACCUAAAACGUCGCAACCAUGGGGCAAUUUAGACCAAUAGUUCGUUGCCGCGUCACAGGUCUGUACGACAUGGCAAUGAGCUAUUGGUCAAAACUGCCCACAGGUUGUGACGUUGCAGCUCAGUGUUCAUGCCUUCUAUAACGAAUGGUCUUGGUUGAAGUUAAUUGCGGCACUGUGUGUCUGAGUUUCAAGUAGAAGGAGGAUAUUCUGAGCAUCUGUGAGAUUCAAUUGUUUCAACUAACAAGUUGAUCUAUAACGAAUUUCAAGUAGAUUUAAAACGAGUUUUAAGUAGAUCUAUAAUGAGUUUCACUUUCAAGUAGAUCUAUAACGAGUUUCAAGUACAUCUAUAACAAGUUUUAAGUAUAUCUAUAACAAUUAUAAGUUGAUCUAUAACGAGUUUCAAGUAGAUCUAGAUCUAUAGAAGGCUUCGUGUAAAUUUAUAACGAGUUUUAAGUAGAUCUAUAAAGAGUCUAAAGUAGAUCCAAAACGAGUUUCCUUUGUUCUAGUGUCGAAUUGUUAAAUAAAUAGUCUACGUGAUAACUGUAAACCUACUUUUGGACCAGCCUCUGUGAUUGUGAUACAAUGCAUUAUAUUUAUGAGAGAGAGAGAGAGAGAGAGAUUAAAAGUCAUAGGGUGAGGCCGAGUUAAAAAGUUGCGUAAAAUAUUAAUUUGUCGUCAUGGUUUUUUGUUUUGAGAAUAAUCCCCCGUUAUGUACAUUUAUUUCUUGUCGUUGUUUUUUUUUCUAUAUUUUAAAAAAAUAUUUAUAUUAAUAUAAUUAAUAGUAUUAUAUAAUACAUCAUUAAUAUAAGAACGACUUUUUUGUUACUAUGAAAAAGAAAAUACGAAUAAACAAAUGAGAUGUCAUG